AUGUCGUCUGAUAGUGAAGACCCGUUCGAUUGGACGGUGGAAGAUGUUGUCAAGUUUCUAUGCUACGAUAAGGAGACACCAUGGUCACGGUCAUCGUCCCGCCCUCCACGACCCGAUACCAACUCAUUUGAGGCCGCGCUGCGAGAGAAUGAGAUAACGGGGGAGAUAUUACUGCAAGAUGUUGAUAAAGACGCUUUGCGUGCUGAUCUAGGUCUCAAAGCCCUCGGCCACAGGAGCUCAAUCAUGAUGGCCAUCCGUUACCUUCGAGGAGGCUCACGGAAGUACCAGCAGUCUGUCAGCCAUUCCCCACGAGGCGAUCAGACACCUGGCCUGGCCUCUCCCUCACAUAUUUAUCCCCGUGACCUUAGCCCUCGACACUUACCUACCGAAAAUCCGAGCGUACAGUCGACCAGCGUCGGAGCAACUUCUGCCACUCCCUCCGCCAAUCGACCUCUCAACAUGGCUAUCAUCUCCGAUACCCUCAGACUAGGAGACGGAACCGAGAGGUUAUCGGUUGUGACUCGGACAGGGUCACAAGCCGAGCGGGUUGACAUUGGUCAAGUGCGCCCUUCAGAGCAACCAAAGUCCGAGAAACUGGAGUCCGAACACACCUGUCGUGAUGAGGAAAUAGUGAUUGACAGCCAUGGCAGAAAACGCCGAAGGCUCAAUUUGCACUCUCCUGCUAAAGGUGGGAGUAGUGAAAUUAUGUCGACACUGAAGCUGGACAAGGAUAUCAAGGCCAGUGAUUGGUAUAUGGGUCCAGACGUGCUUACCCCUGGCCAAAUCUUCUAUCCUCUCGACGCGGAGCAAGAAAAUGACCGAGUAUUCACCAUGACCCCUUCCAACACGCCAGUCGCCCAGCGUUGCUUUGUGAAUAAGCGUCUUCUUCACUUUUACGGCCAAUCACCUAUUGAACUACCGCCAAGCGAAGGGCGUCAGGAGCGAGCUAUUGUCCCUUAUAGUCCCUCAAUAGCGAAUGCACGCAGCGAUAGCUUCUUCACUCUGUACACGACGAAGCAAGGAGCAGUUAGCGUCACCAAGGAAAGAAUCUCUGACUGGCCGGAGCUCGAGGGACGAUAUAAAGGGAAUAGUGGAGGGUCGUCAACUGAAACCAUCAAACCCUCAGAUCCAUUUGCCUACCUUCUUGAGAAGUAUCCAGUACAGCCAGACCUUGAAGACGCCUAUCCUGUAUACGGAGAUUCGGGAUCUGAAGGAGAAUUCGAUGAGAAGACCUGGCAAGAGAUGCUGGAGGAACGGAAUGAGCCUCUGCCUCCUCGGCAAGGAAAGCUUGGGCCUAAGAAGGUUGAAGUAAUCGUCAAAGACUGCAUUGCUCAUUAUGAAAAAAUCUGGCGUCAAAAUCAAUUACCGAGGGAAGAGUACAAAGCACGGAAUGUCUGGCUUGCUGCUAGGAGAGGAAAGUAUGUUAACCAGGAGGUCAUGGCUCUUGCAAAGGAAAUCGCGCACCUGGAGACACGUCUACAGAAACUGAGCGAGGAGUUACACAAAACGGAAUUCUCGACCGAAGCCGAACUACGCACCCAAUGCCAGUGCCUAGAGCAUACAGUAUCCCAUAUCCAGAAGCAGCUGUGGCGCAUCUCUGUUCUAGAGCAGGAAACAUGUCCACCUAAAAUGCAGGCGCCCCCGAAACCACAGACAAAGCCUAGACAGAACUCAAAAGAUGAGGAGUCGCUAGAAUCAGAGUCGGAUUCGGAAUGGACCCCAGUUGAUUUUCUUGACGAUUUCAUUAUCGAUGACACGGAGUCUCUCAAGGAGCCCCUCAACUCUCUUCAAGACCCCGAGAGCCCCUCCUCGUCUGACGGUGACGACGAUGUUAUCAGUGUUUCUGGCACAAGGCGAAGGACAAGAGGCCAGCCACCGAGAGUUUUCGCGUCAGACAGCCCCUCGCCACCUCACUCCGUUUGGGAAAAAUCAGACAUCAUUGACUUGACCAUUGACUCCCCGGAGCCUGAGGAGCUCCAGAUUGAGACACCGCCCCUCAAUCCAAUUGAAUCCGACUUCCGUGAUACCUUUGUGAGGAAAUCCGUUUCCCCACCACCCAGUCUUGGCUCACCGGAGCGCAGCGUCCAAGUGAAAACAGAAAAAAGAUCACGCUCUUCCCUUCCUAAGACAGACGCAGGCUACUUGCCAAGUUGA